UUGAUUGUAUACACCUGUGUCCAUGGAGGGGAUUGGAGCACCUGAAUCACAUGAUAUGGAGGGGAUUGGAACACCUGAAUCACAUGAUAUGGAGGGGAUUGGGACACCUGAAUCACAUGAUAUGGAGGGGAUUGGGACACCUGAAUCACAUGAUAUGGAGGGGAUUGGGACACCUGAAUCACAUGAUAUGGAGGGGAUUGGGACACCUGAAUCACAUGAUAUGGAGGGGAUUGGGACACCUGAAUCACAUGAUAUGGAGGGGAUUGGGACACCUGAAUCACAUGAUUGGGAGGGGAUUGGAACACCUGAAUCACAUGAUUGGGAGGGGAUUGGAACACCUGAAUCACAUGAUUGGGAGGGCAGGGCCAAUACUUUUAGCAAUAUAGUGUAUAUGCAA